AUGCGCGUGAAGCAAACCGCGAAGCGAGGACCCUCGAGUAAAGCCCUGCCGCGAAGCUCGCGGGUGGUGGUUGACCCUCCUCCUGCAGUCGUCCAUCCACCAGAGCGAGCAGUGAGUCCAUCUCCUCCUCCUCAAAUUGGUAAAAAAAAGAAACCCCUCUCGAGAAAAGAACAACUGAACGAAUCUGUCAGUCGAACGCGGUUGAAAAUUCUCUGGAUGCUCGAGUUUAUCACGGACAGCGAGCACAUUCCGUGGUCGUUGAAAGUUGAGUAUUGCAAGAUUGCGACGCAGCAAUUAGACGAGGACGAUUCUUCGUUGGGUAUGCCGAGAGUUUUAUCAAUCCGAAUACUUUUGGAGGAAAUGAAAUACGUUUGUGGGGAGGACGGAGCCAAUUGGGAUUGGCAGGAACGGUCGUUGAAGUUGUAUCCGAUUUUGUUGAAGAUUUUAUACACGAUGGAUUUGAAAGGAGAAGAGAAAUUGGACGAGCGCAUGCGUCCGCACAAGAAAAUCAUGGCGUUGGCGUUUGUUUCGCACAUGGUGCAGUUGGUAAUCGAGAGACAACUGAACGAGUUCAAACGCGUGUGGGAGUCUCAAGUGUACGCGGAGUUAAAGGAGACGCCGCAAGGGAAAAUGGACGGGGUCAGAGACGAGUUAGAGAGGCUAGAUGAGAUUGGGCAAAGAUUACUGGAGAUUGAGCGCAUCAAUACGGACAAGAAGACGACGGAAAAGUUUGACUUGGACACGUUCGGCGGGGACGGGCCGCUGAGUCCAGGAAAGCAACUUCAAGAUAACUUGAACUCAACGGAUGAACUGAAGAGGAGCGGCAAGAACAGCAGAAUAACAGGAACGCACUUUGAAGAUAGCGUGAACGAGCUUUUGGUGGAGCUGAAAGCGUACUAUAAACGAGCGAAAGUAGCGUUGGGACCCACGUUUUUACACGAGGCGAGCAUGGAUAUUUCGCACGAGAAGUAUUCCCCAAAUUUGGACGAGGAUAAAAUAUUGAUACGAGCGGACAAAGACUUGGAACACAACCUCGAGAGCAUGAGAGGUGGUAAAGAUCCAGAAGUCGACGAUGAUAGCGAGGACGAGUUCGAACAAACGCCAAACAGAAUCGUCACUCCAAAAAAUGUGAACAUUUUUGCGAAGGACAAUAAGAAACGACCACUCGGCGCGUCGGCAACGCCAAACAGAAUCGUCACUCCAAAAAAUGUGAACAUUUUUGCGAAGGACAAUAAGAAACGACCACUCGGCGCGACAGCGAAGAACAACAACGCUGAAAGACAGCCGGAGAUAUUCAAAAAGAUAAAAAUCAAAAUAGACGGGAGAAAGGGCGGCAAAACUGUGAACGCGCGGGACAUCCAGUUCGACACAGAAUUGCAGAACGACGAUCCGUACGAAUUUCCUCCUUCAGAGGAAGAAGAAGAAGAGGAGGAGGAGGAGGAGGACGAAGAAGAAGAAGAAGAAGAAGAAGAAGAAGAAGAAGAAGAAGAAGGAGAAGAAGUAGAAGUAGAAGAUGAACAAGAAGAAGAACAAGAAGAAUCGGAAGAGGAAAAGGAAGAGGAGGAAGAGGAAGAAGAAGCUCGAAAAAGAAAGAGAGACGAGAAAUUUUUGGCGUGGAACGCAGAGGAACAUGAUGAGAGACUUUUAGAUGGUGUCGAAAAGCAUGGCUACGGGAGAUGGAAGAAGAUCGUGCUCGACGAAGCUCUCCACAACGGGCUUUUCACCGGAUUGAACUUUGAAGAUGUGCGAUACAAACACAAAAGAAUCAUGGUUCGUGCGGGUGCAAACGCAAAUGCACUACUUCUCCCUCGCAAAGUUUUGGUCGCGUUGUUCAGGAAGAAAGCACCAAACGCGUCAAUCAAGGGAGUCACUCGAUUGCAGAUGGCGAAGAGUAUAGAUGAUCCAGCAGCGGUGCAAAAAGCGCUCGACGAAGAAGGUUGGGAUUUCAGCGGCGAAGAAAAAGAACGACAGCAGAGUCCGUUGCAGAAACUCAGGGACGGGGCGGUUCACAAGAAGAGAAAGAAGAAGAGAAGUCAAAGACACACACAAAAGACAGCUACAUGUACUCAUACACUGGUCGUAGAACUUUUUUAUUGUACAAGUUUUUUCAACACCUCGAACAAAACAAAACGAAUCUCCACAAACGCAAAAACACGCACAAUACUCACGACACUCAUGCUCGUCCGGCGGCAGCAUGGAGUGAAGAAGAGAAUCUUUGCCGCGCUUUCUCCUCCGUGCGUUUUUGGAGACAGUGUUCAUGAAAAAACAACCGCUGCCGUUAAAAGCAGAGUCGCUUUUGACUCGGGAGCGUCGACUUCGUACUCAACUGUCAACACCACCACCAACAAAGUCGCGGAAAAAGUACUCGCUUCUCAGAUAAUCCCAACCACGCACGCGAUAAAUGACGACGAAGAGGACAAGAGGAACGUGUACGUUCUGCACGGGUUAAUGGGCCAAGGAAAGAACUGGCGGGGACCGAUCACUAUGCUCUCGGAAAAGUUGAGAGAAUCACUCCCCAAAACUGCGUUUCGCUUUCACUUGAUUGACAUAAGAGGCCACGGAAAUUCGCCGAGAUUUCACGAUUACGCGCCACACACGAUUAUAAAUGCUGCGAAGGAUAUCGAAAGAUACAGUAAACAUCACGAAAUAGUUCCGGAUGUUGUCAUUGGGCAUUCGCUAGGAGGGAAGAUAGCGUUAGAAUAUAGUCAAUCGUUGACGUCGUUGUCGUCGUCGAGCGCAAAAAAACGACGGUUGGUAUUUACGCUAGAUUCGGUACCGUAUGAAGUGGAGAAGGAUAUGUUCGGGGCUGAAUUUAUUUUAAAAGCGACGGAGAAGUUACCAGAAGUUGUUCCAAAUAGGGAGUAUCUAAAAGCCCAGUUAGCGCCGUUACAAAUAUCCAGCGGUAUUAUCGAUUGGCUAGGUUCCAAUCUCGUUCUCGCCAAUCCCGGCGGCGCGCAUGUAGAAGGUAACGACGAUACGACUAAAACGAGCCUGACGUGGCAAUUUGACAGAAAAAUAUUGAGAGACUUAUACGAAAGCUUUCAACAAACUGCUUUGUGGCACGCGCUGGAAGAGAAAGAUCACGAUGACGUGCACGUCCACAUCGUAAAGGCUGAAAAGUCAUCCGAUUGGAAGCCAGACGCGAUGAAGCGCAUCGAGAUGCUGAAACAGGAGGAGAAAGUAAGCUAUCACGUAUUGGAAAGAGCUGGUCAUUGGGUUCAUAGCGACAAUCCGAUUGGUUUGAUUAAUAUUCUCCAUGACGAGUUAGUUAAAGCUGAGAAUAAUAGAUAG